AUGGAGAACACGAGCAAGUCGUCCUUACGUUCCGUUGCCUUCGCCGCUGUUGUAUUUUCAACUGUUGCUGUAACUGCAUGUAUUUUUACUUUUCCUAUGGUAUUUCACUAUGUACAAACAUUACAAGCUACUGUGCAGAGUGAAGUAGAAUAUUGCAAAUCUCGAUCACGUGAUAUGUGGAAAGAAAUGGUUGAAAUGGUACCAGAAGGUAGCGAUGAACCACUGGAUGUUCUGAUUCGAACUAGACGUCAAACAGAAGCUCAAUGCUGCACCUGUCAACAAGGACCACCAGGACCGGAUGGACCACCAGGUACACCAGGACAAGAUGGUAACCCUGGUGACGGGCCUGGAGCACCUGGACCACCAGGAGCAGAUGCAGAAUUGCACGACCGACUUCUUCCUGUUCCACCCCAGUGUCCGUGUCAGUCAGCCGCUGGACCGGCAGGACCACCAGGACCACCUGGUCCUGAUGGGCCACCAGGAAAUCCUGGACCCACUGGCGAAGAUGGCAUACCCGGACCUCAGGGACCAGUAGGGCCCCCAGGCAGCCCUGGUCAGAAUGGCCAACCUGGACAAAGAGGACCACCGGGCGAACCAGGACAGCUUAUCCCUGGUGAAAGACCACUACCAGGACCUCCGGGACAACCUGGACGACCCGGUGCUCCAGGACAACCUGGUCGACCUGGACCUCCUGGCAAAGAUGGUGGAAAUGGGGAAAUAGGUAGCCCAGGAGAACCAGGACCACGCGGCCCGCCAGGCCCAAGUGGACAACCAGGGCCGCCAGGAGAACCUGGUCAACCAGGUGCACCAGGAAGUUGUGACCACUGCCCACCAGCGCGUCUUGCUCCUGGUUACUAA